AUGAGAAGUGUUGUCGAUAAUUUGAGACCAAUGUUGGGUGAUCAAUUUCAUUCGCCUACAUCAUCCGCAUCCGUAUCACCAAUAAUGGCUAAUAUGUCGCAGCAGCAGCAGCCAAAUUCAUUAGAUCUUAGUUUGCGUAAUACAACAGCAACAGCAGCAACAACAAAUGAUCUAAUUAUUUGUGGUCAAUCAUUAUUAUCAUUGGAUAAUAAUAAUCGUUCAAUAAAUAAUCAUGAAAAUGAACAUCAACAACGUGCAAUACGAUCCUAUUAUCAACCGUUAUUAUCAUCAUCACCAUUAUCAACACCAUCAACAUCACCAUCGAAUCCAUAUGAAAGUUUGAAUCAAAAACGUGAAAGUGUUAUCACAUUUAGCCAUACAAAUUUAAGUCAAAAUGAUCAAUCACAACUACUACUACAACCACAACAACAGCGAUUAACAUCAAUUACAAAAUUAUAUUCCAAUGCAAUUUUACAUCAUCAAAAUAAUGGUAAUGAUGAUGAUGUGGAUUCAAAUGAAGAUCAACAAAACAUUGUUGACGAUGAUGAUGACAAUAAUAAUCGAACAAAAUCAUCAUCAAAAUUUAAUGGAUUAUUAUUAUCCAAGUUAGCCAGUAUUGGUAUGAGAGGUAUAAACAUCAGCAAUAAUAAUAAUAAUAAAUUGAAUGAUGAACAACAACAAGAACAAAUUAUACUUGUCAAUAAUAUACCAUUAACAAUUGAUCAAAUAAUCUGUAUUUGUCAGGUAUUACAAAAAUGUGAUCUACAAAAACUAGAAAAAUUCAUCUAUGAUCUUCCAAAUGAUUCUCUUUGUAAUAAAAAUGAAUUAAUUAUACGUGCACGUGCUAUUGCUGCAUAUCAUUCAGGUAAUUUUAAACAAGUUUAUGAUCUACUUGAAGCGAAUUCAUUUCCAGUUAAAUAUCAUCAAGAAUUACAAUCAUUAUGGAAUAAUGCCCAUUAUAAAGAACAUGAAAUGAAACGUGGACAUCCACCUGGUGCGGUGGAAAAAUAUCGUAUAAGGAAAAAAUAUCAAUUUCCUCGUACAAUCUGGGAUGGUGAAGAAUAUGUUUAUUGUUUUAAAGAGAAAAAUCGCCGUAUUUUAAAAGAAUUUUACUUGAAAUGUAAUCUACCUACACAGGAAGAUAAAUUGAAACUUUCAAAUGAAACACAGUUGACAGUUGUACAAAUAAGCAACUGGUUUAAAAAUCGACGUCAACGAGAUCGACAGCCGCAUCUUAAUCAUCAUCAUCACCACGAUAAUCACCACCACCACCACCAUCAUCAGCAUCAUCAUCAACAACAACAACAUCAACAUCAUAACAUUCAUGAGGAUCAAGAAUUACCAUUACAGCAUCAUCAUCAACAACAAUGUCAUGAUGAUGGUGAUGAUGAUAAUGAUGACGAUAGUGAACAUGAAAAAAACGGUAGUAACCAUCAACACCAACACCAUCAUCAUCAACAACAACAACAACAACAAAAUCAGCAUUUAGUUCAUGAUAAUAAUAAUGAGAAGUUAGUAGAUGAUACUUUAUCUAAUGAAAUACCUAAAUAUUUUCUAAGAUAG